AGUGAACAUCAGAAUUUUCGUCAGUUAUUUUCGUUUUUUCGACGCGAGUGGUUCGUUCCGUGCGGUUUUAUUUACGAUUUAUCGUGUGUGUCGCAUCGAAAUGAUUCUGGAAGCGGAGCAUCCGCAGCAGCGCAUCGCAAACGCCGCCCAAGCUGUUCGCCAAUCGCAUCUCCGCUGGCGCUUAAAUAAUUUAACUACUUUAAAUGCUAUAAAAACGCAUUCGCGUGUUAAUUGCAGCGGUCGUGUCGUCAGUCGAAAUCACUAUUUCAAGCACAGUCGCGCUUUUUUGUGGUUCCUGCUCUGUAAUAUGUUAAUGGGCGUGGACCGUGUCCAUUCCCAGCUGCUUAUCAACGUACAAAAUCAGGGUGGCGAGGUGAUCCAGGAGACUAUUACCUCCAACAUUGGCGAGGACCUGAUAACGCUGGAGUUUCAGAAAACCGACGGAACGCUCAUCACCCAGGUCAUCGACUUUCGCAAUGAGGUUCAAAUCCUCAAGGCCUUGGUUCUGGGCGAGGAGGAGCGUGGCCAGAGCCAGUACCAAGUGAUGUGCUUCGCCACCAAAUUCAACAAGGGCGACUUCAUCUCCUCGGCGGCAAUGGCCAAGCUGCGCCAGAAGAAUCCGCACACCAUCCGCACGCCCGAGGAGGACAAGGGCCGGGAGACCUUCACCAUGAGCAGCUGGGUGCAGCUGAACCGCUCCCUGCCCAUCACCAGGCAUUUGCAGGGACUCUGCGCCGAGGCCAUGGACGCCACCUACGUGCGGGAUGUGGACCUCAAGGCUUGGGCGGAACUGCCAGGCUCCUCGAUUUCCAGCCUGGAGGCGGCCACCGAGAAGUUCCCGGACACGCUCUCGACGCGCUGCAACGAGGUGAGCAGCCUGUGGGCGCCCUGCCUGUGCAACCUGGAGACCUGCAUCGGCUGGUAUCCCUGCGGGCUCAAGUACUGCAAGGGCAAGGGGGUCGCCGGAGCCGACUCCUCGGGCGCCCAGCAGCAGGCUCAACAGACGAAUUAUCGCUGCGGCAUCAAGACCUGCCGCAAGUGCACACAGUUCACCUAUUAUGUGCGGCAGAAACAACAGUGCCUCUGGGAUGAAUGACGACGCGGCGAGCUGCAGCUGAUGCAGAUGCGCUGCGCCAGGCGGCGGAAUGGUAGCGACGCUGCCACCUGUCCAGGAGUUUCGGGCGAAACAAGAGCAGCAACACAGGCGACAAUAACUGGAGCAGCAGGAGAUGGGAAGGAUACUACGGCUGGGGCAACAACGACAACAACGACGACCAACAAAUUAAGCCAACUGCUUUUGUUGGUCCAGCAGCAGAUGCCUUUUGCUCUGUGGAGUUUUCCGGUCCAUCACAUUUCCCAGCCCCAAUCCCGAACCCAGUCCCAGCAUAAGCCCAGCCAGCAGCAGCACCAUCAUCAGCAUCAUUCUCAGGUUGCCCCCACUGCGCAUCACCCGUCAUCAUCAUCAUCAUCAACCCCAAUGGCCGCCAUCGUUGCGUGAUAAUGAACGCUUGAAAACCCAACAUCCCCAAUCCACUACAAGUCCAGAAAAAAAACGAGUGUUGACACUUUUUCCGCUCACGAUUCAAGAUUCUGGACGCUGUCAUUUGAAUGCAAGCCACUCGGUGGAGGGUGAGCCACAGCAAAAAAAAGGAGUAAAGCGAAAAAAUGUAAAAAUGUGCUUCUGUAUACUAUGUAUAUAUAUAUAUGUAUAUUUAACGAUGAUUAGCUUUUAGCCAGCUUACGUUCUACGCUUAUGCCGGAUUUCGUUUUAGACCUAGGUUAGGUGUCCUAAUUCAAUUUAACCUGAGCACGGUUGAGCACGUUUUUUCAUAGUCCCUUAAUGAUUUUUCUUUUUCUAAUCUGUUCUUCUCUUUUAGCUUUAGUCAUAUUAUCUUACAUCUUUCUACCUUAUUUAAAUUUGAACAUUUUAUUGAUUUACCUCUGGUAUAUAAUUCAGAUAUAUCGUUUGACUCUUCUAUUUAUCUUUCAAGCUAAUAUUACUUUUCGUGACUUUCUUCAGAUAAUAUUUAGGAGCUGCUAACAAUUUUUCUUCAAACUUCCUCCAGCUUUCUUUGCUUUUCUAGACCAUUUCCAAUUUGUUUACUUUGCCCGUUAAACUCACACUUUUUAUCCACAUUUUGUGCAGCAAUUUCGUUUCAAUUACCCUUCUACAGCGUUUUAUAUUUCCUUUGUUUGCCAUUUUGCUUCACUUCACUUUACCUUAACUGAAGCCUGAUUAGAUGUAUUAAGAAUGUUGGACACAAUAUCACGUUCCACGCUAUUUCCACUCGUGUUGCGUUAAGCUCAAGAAUAUUAAAUAAGUAUAGAAAUAUGAAUAAAUUAAAUGUGGCCUUAGCAUAUUUUAUGAGCAGUAGAAAAAGGAAAUUAAUUGAACUAAGAAAUUUGUCAGGCGGCAGCAGAACUCGUAAUUAAUUGUGCUCAUAAUAGUUGUAACAGAAGAACCACAAGAAUAUGAUAUAUUGCCAUAUAGGAGAUGGUGAAUGUGGUGAAUUAUACUAACCAAAACGACUGCCGCAAUAAAAGCUUUUCUAUGUUUUUUCCACUCGAAAAUGGCUGUUUGAGAUACCAUAGUCCCGUUUCUUCCUUUCUUAUCUUUCUCCCACUAAAUCUACACUAUAUAAACUAAACCUAAACCGUAAGAAACGCCUGCCUUUUUGCCUUUGACUUGUAAUCUUUUCCAAUUUAUAUUCGAAUCAAAUUAAAUACCUUACGAUGAGAGAACCUUAUGCAAAUUAAUUGAUACCAAUAAUAAACAAUACCAAGAACAAUAAUCUAUUGUAUAAAUUUCAAGAACCUAGUCUACUUAGAGUGUUAGAAUGGCAUAUUUUCCUAAAAGCGUACUACAAAAGAAAUCAAGUAAAAACAAAAAGUCUUAAACCAGUUUCGACGACAAGAAAAACCAACGGUGAUAAUAAUUUUUUCUACGAUAUAGAAAGGCAACUCCUUUGACUCACUGUAUAAAAAUGUAAUGGAAACGAAAUUGAUCAAGUGUAAAAAUUGAUUAGUAUUACUAAGCAUUUAAAAUUGAUUAAAUGAUGAUCUGAAUUGUGUAAAGAGCAUUUGCCAAUAAUAAACGAUUAAUCGACUAGUCCUAAACAAAUAAUUGAAAUUAAUAAUUAGUCUUAAUACAAAUGCUGACAAAUUCUACGUUUUAUAAAAAAAAAACAAAAGUAAUGAAAACGAAA